UUAAUAACUUCUGAAGGUAUUCAAUUCAAAACAAAUAUUAUUCUAACUUCUCAUGAGCUGAGGUUUAUAAUACAUGUAUUACCUUUUUUCUUAAUUGUCCUAAAGAUGCUUAAUAAUGGCUCCUCAGUCACUUAUGUAUGUUAGUGCGUGCAUUUCGCCAUCUUAUCGCGAUGCAUUCAAAACAUAUCUAACUUACUAGUAGACAGUUUCAUCAAUUUAUGUCAUAUAGAAAAUCCGAAUGAUCUUUAUCUACCGUAAGUAGAGAACGAUUUGUUUCGAAAAAUUCCAUUUUUUUCAUUUUUUCUAAAAUUAUCGAUUUUGUUGAUCUAAUAUUUCAAAGACAGAACGAUGAAAAAAAUUAUUUUUUUUAUCAAUCGAUAGUUCAUACAGUUCACUACAAAAAUGUUCUUACGAUUUUUAAAUCCCAUACUUCUUUUAUUCUCUACGAUCAUUCUAUAAAGUGGCAAUUUCAAUUGCCAAUGAUGGUAAAGGGUUAAUGAUUUUCCAUUCCAGAGAUAAGUGGCCGUGGGAAUUUUUUGAAUAACUUUUGAUAGGAAUGAAAUAGAGACCUGCAGUCUUCAUCGUUGGAAAGAGCAAAUGAAGACGCAUCGAAUCAUAUAUAGGAACAAUUUUAGUCAAACGUUUUCAAAGUCUUCUAUAUUAAAAAAGUGAUUUUUCUAUCAAAAUCGAUUAUUUGUUGCAAAAAACCUAAGCUGAUAAAUUGAACUCUGAUGGUUUGGGUAUCUCACUGAUAAUAGUUAGAAAUAGUUUUGUAGUUGUUUGCUUGCCUGUUCUAGCAUACCCCUGAAAAUCAAUAAAUUAAUCUCGUGACCAUGAGAGUUAUGCUGUUUUAUGUAACAGCAUUAGAAAACUGUUUUUAUCUAUGGUUUGAUGCGUCUUCAUCUGCUCUUUCCAAUGGUGAAAACCAUAGAUUUCUAUCUCGUUCCUAUCAAAAGUUAUUCAAAAAAUCCCUACAGCCACUUAUCUCUGAAAUGGACGAUAUAGUAGUAAUAAUGUUAGUAUAAGACUUUUGAUAAAGUCACUGUAAGUGUUAAUAAUUCGAAUUAAACUAUUCUAAUCUAUUUAGAUGGAGGUAUGGAAAAUCCAUGUAUGAAUUUUCUUACUCCAACAUUACUUUCUGGUGAUCGUUCAUUAAUAAGUACAAUUGUUCAUGAAAUGACACAUUCUUGGACAGGAAAUUUAGUAACUAAUGAAAAUUGGGAACAUUUUUGGUUAAAUGAAGGAUUUACAUCAUUUAUUGAAGCAAAAGUACUUGGAAAUUUAGACAAAACAAAUGGAAAAGAAAUUCGAAGAUUUCAUGCUGCUCAACAGUGGGAAGAAUUAAAAACUGCUAUUGAUUCAUGGGGACCAACACACCCAUAUACUUGUCUUGUUUAUCGUUUGAAUAAUAUUGAUCCGGAUGAUGCAUAUAGUGCAGUUCAAUAUUACAAAGGUGCAGCUCUACUUUGGCAUCUCGAACAAAAUAUUGUUGGAUCUGAAUCUGAUUUUGAUGAAUUUCUUCGUUCAUAUAUAAAUAAAUUUGGACAAAAAAUUCUCAAUACUGAUGAUUUCAUUCGAUAUUUUGAAUCGCAUUUUCCUAAAGCACGAUCUGUAAAUUGGCAAUCAUGGCUUUAUACUCCCGGUAUGCCUCCAGUAACACAUGAUUUUUCUACACAAAUGGAAGAAAAAUGUCGUCAAUUAGUUAUUCAACAAUCACCUAUUACAAAAGAACAAAUGAAGAUGUUAAACGCAAAACAAGUUGCUUAUCUAUUAAAUCUUCUUCUUAAUGAACAAUCAAAGAUAACUUAUGAUUAUAUAAAACAAUUUGAUAAUAAUUGUGAUCUGUCACAAUACACGAACUGCGAAAUACGUUUUCGUUGGUAUCAAUUAUGUAUACGUGUUCAAUAUGAGAAAUACGUAGAUAAUAUAUUUCAAUUUCUUGAAAUGAUUGGUCGAAUGAAAUUUGUUAAACCAUUGUAUACAGAAUUUAAAUCAUCAUGGCCAGAAAUGAUGCCAAGUGUACAAACUUUCUUCAAUGAACAUAAACAAUAUAUGAAUCCAAUUACUGUUAAACAAAUUGAAAUUAGACUUAAUAGUUAA